CCAACUUGCUCCCCCGCUCCCCUCCUUCCUCCUCCCCGGCGUCUCCUCCCAUUCCGGCCCCGCCGCCGCAGCACGAGGUGCGGCCGGCGGUGCCGCCAUCGCGGGGGGAAAGAGGCCGCGCGCGCUCCCUCUCCGCCCGCUCGAUCGGUUCGGUCUGCGACCGGAAUGCGCCGCCGCUAACUGCUCAGCAUUGGAGAUUUUUUUUUUCAUCUUGGUAUUUAGCGACAUCUGGUUACAUGGAGGAGUAUUUAAAUAGGAGAUCCAAAGCAGCAAUUGGGUUUCUCAGAAGAGGUUCAGGCAUAAAUCGAAGCCCUGAAGAGACAACCAGUCAGAACACUGAUGUACAGGGAAGCACUUCAAGAGUCAAUCCUAUGAAAACCAGGCUGGCUGAUUAUCAGGAGAGACCAAGAUACUUACAUGGCUCAUAUAAAUAUGCAAGCUCAAAUGUCAUGUCUGGAAGCUCUUCCAAAUUUCCUAAGAACUUUCCCCUUAGGAAAUUUGGUGAGGAAAAGCGAAGGCAGACGUCGUUUGAAGGGGCUGACGUUGCUGAAAGUAGUAGAAGAAAGUCCGAUGCCGGGUGUCUGGAGGGUAGUAAGAAAACCAUUGUAGAGAAUCAGAGUUCAGAUGCUCCACAGACUGGGACAGAAGGAUUAACUGCCAAAGAUGCUGAACUGAUAGCACCUGAUCCUGAGGUUUCACAUCCUGCUGGUUCUUCAGGUAUGCAUGCACAUACAGCUGAGUCCUUGGUAAGGAGUGCUUCACUAAGUUCUAAAACACAUAGACAGAAGGAUAAGGAAUUGAAUUUGGGCACAGCUAGAUAUUCUUGCUCUUCGUCAUUUAGUAAUCAGCCUAGUAUACCUAGAAUUCCUAUCGCUGGUGCGAAGCCAUCAUAUAGUCUUGUUAGUGGAGAACAGAGACGUGGACCACGUGGUCUUAAAAACCUUGGUUGCGCUUCAGUCUCUGAUGUUCUGCCAUCAGGAUGCUCGUCUGAUUCUGUUCGUACCAGGAGCUUUGAUGCUAUGAGAAAGAGAACUUCUGAUGGGGAAAGCUCUUCCAGAUCAAGAGUCAUAAGUGAUCCAUCCAGUUUAGGUCAUUUACAUACAAUAUAUCCUAGCAUUAAUGGUCCCAGAAUCAGAACUACCGAAGAAUCAGUUCGGCAACAAACAUUACGAAGCCGCAGUAGAAAUAUUCAGGAUUCAGCAGUAUCAGUAAGGACAAGACGGACUUUUCCUAGAGACACUAGGUUCAGGAUGUCUGAGGAAAGAGAGGAUGCCAUGCUUCAUCUGAAUGAGUCUACCGCGGGGAAUCAACAGUCAGUUGGUGCUGAUUUUUCUGUGGAAGAGGAUUCUUCAGAAAGCUCCAUAAGACCAGUCUCUGUGGAACUACCUCAUGCAAUUUACUCAUCUAGUCGUCAGGGAUCGAGUACUCGGACUGCCAGGAGAACAUCAAGCUCUCGCUUUGAGCAAAGCCCCCCACAAACAUUUCGCAGUCUGGCAAGGGAGAGAGGUGGCCACAGACGCAUAAACAUGGAAGGCAUUGCAGAGGUAUUGCUAGUGCUGGAGAGGAUUGAACAAGAAGCUGAGCUUACUUAUGAGCAAUUGCGGGUACUGGAGACAAAUCUGUUACUUGGUGCCUUCGCCUCCCAUGAUCAGCAUAGCGACAUGCGGAUGGAUAUUGACAACAUGUCCUAUGAGGAACUAUUAGCAUUAGAAGAGAGAAUAGGAUACGUAAGUACUGCUCUUUCUGAAGAACAGCUUGCAAAAUGUAUCAGAAGGCGUUUAUAUAGACCAGUUGCUGCAAAAGGAAACAGAUCAGUCAUAGAUGACAUCAAAUGCAGCAUAUGCCAGGAGGAGUUCGUGAAGGGCGAAGAGGUUGGCAGGUUGCGGUGUGAGCACCAGUACCAUGUGUGCUGCAUUCGCCAGUGGCUCCUGCAGAAGAACUGGUGCCCAGUCUGUAAAGCUCCAGCGCUGCCCUCUCUGAACUGAACUGAACAUCCUGUAGGAGCUGAGGUCUCAAACCUGUAAAUAAAUUACUAUGUGAUGUGAAAUAGUCGUGGUUCGUGGACCUGUGAAUAAUCUUGGAUGGGCUCACUCCAGUUUGUGAAUGUCGAAAUGGGUUGUGUCUUGUGAAGGCUCCAGUUUGUGAAUUUUAGACUGUUAUUAUGAGUUGCACACUUGCACUAAA